AAAAAAUGUUUACCCGAAAUUUCGAAAAUCUACCAUGAAUGGCAUCGACAUCAUCUCCGCUUUAAUAGUGCACCGAGUAAAGACUUGGUGCCGCGCGGCGCCCCCGUUCGUCGUCGUGACGUAUCGGGCGUUGAUUUCGAGGCCAAAGACGCCUCGAGACGCUAGCGACGCUCUCUGGGACGCAGUCAGUGCCGAACAGCGUCAGUCGCAGAUUUCGACUCACUAAUAACACGCCACUUAGGGACGAACGACCGAAAAAAAGACCGAAUCGAGACUGUGCAGUUAACAAAAGCUCACUAACACCAUGUCUUUCAAAGAACAUUUGGAAAUGAUCAGCCUCAAUGAGUCACCUUCGAAGAAAGCCAAAUUUUGGCAGUCCUUCGUCAGGUCCCUCAAGGGAUCCGAUGACUUAAGGGCGACCGAUUCAGUGCAUUCCCGCAGAGGCAUCUUCCGUCCCAUAAGUGACAUCUCGGAAUCAUCCUCCUGGCCGUACAACAAAUCCAUCUACGACGACCCCAGCGCCGCAUCAGAACGCAUCCACGUGCCCGGCUACAGAUACGAUCCACUCCACAGAGACACGUACGGCUACUCACCAAGGCCAAUCUUUCCACACAAUUACGGUUCUCUAGACAGAUACAGGCCCGCCUACCACGUCACAAAGCCAAAACCACUUGACGCUGACGCAGCAUGGAGAGAUCACAUUGAUCGCCUUAAAGGACGUGAGCCAUCACAAUGGCCCAGCAGUAUCUUCCAUACCACCUACCCGUUCUCACGUUACCCAUUGUACUUGGUCUACAGCAAAAGGCCCGCACCGGCUGCUGAGAAAUACGAUCCACAUCGCUCUUGGUUAGACCAUUUGGAUCGUGCCGCUGAGUUGGACAAACUGUACCCUUCUCUGUGGCCUUCUAUUGGAAGCAAAUAUUCACCAACUCCAAUUAAGCCUGGUGCAUACUCCCCUCGUCCAUCCGAAAUAGCCUUCAACUAUGCUGGACAACCAAUUUACAACCGCGGAGGGCGGUAUCCAAGUAAGACCCUAUUGGAUGACCUUCUUAACCCCUCUCCCAGCCUCCCACUGUCCUCGAUAACACGUGAUCCUUUCUGGUGGGACUCCCCCCUCAGACCCGCAUCCGUCCACAAUCCCUGGGGUAGGUCGCCGUCCUACCUUCGCGACUCAUACCUCUCUCCUGUCAAGAGGACGUUCCUGUGGGACAAACACCCCAUCAGGCCGUUCGCUGCUGUAUACUAAGUGGAACAUAAACACGACGAAGAAGCAAGGAG